AUGUUUUUUUACAAGUUUGUCCGUGAGAGUUUUUUCGGCAGAUCCUUCUACCACCUCUCGGGCAGAAAGGUCUUUAACUACCCAGAGGAGCACCCUGACUAUGUUAUCCCUUCGAGAUACCUAGGGAAGGGUGAUUCCACGAUAGAGAGUUAUGUGGGUGAGAUCAAUGAGGAGAGUAACGAAGAACUGCCCUCAGACUCGUCGUCACAGACGACCAAAGCUGAUCAUAUCAUUGUGGACUGGGAAGGCGAAGAUGAUCCAGAAAAUCCAUAUAACUGGCCCUUGAAAUACAAGAUCAUUUUUAUUGCCCAGAUUAUGAUCCUUACUGCAUUCGUUUACAUGGCUUCUGCCAUCUACACCCCAGGUGUGGAGGAGAUUAUGGAGGAUUUGGGUGUGGGACAAGUUGUGGCAACUCUCCCAUUGACCCUUUUCGUGAUUGGAUAUGCCAUUGGACCCAUGGUGUUCUCUCCACUUUCUGAGAACGCCAUCUUUGGCAGAGCCUCCAUCUACAUUGUCACAUUAUUUAUUUUCUUCAUUCUUCAGAUCCCCACCGCCCUUGUCAAGAACAUUGCUGGCUUGUGCAUCUUGCGUUUUAUUGCAGGCUUCUUUGCCAGUCCUUGUUUGUCCACUGGCGGUGCCUCUGUUGGUGAUGUUAUAACUUUGCCUUUUAUCCCUGUCGGUAUCUCUUGUUGGUCCAUUGCUGCUGUAUGUGCACCAUCCGCCGGUCCAUUGUUUGGUGCCAUCUUGACCGUGAAGGCCAACUACCACUGGACGUUUUGGUUCGUGUGCAUCACUUCCGGUGCUUCUUUUAUCACUCUUGGCUGGUUGCUCCCAGAAUCUUACUCCAAAACUAUUUUGUACAGAAAGGCAGAGAGACUCAGAGCUCUUACCGGUAAUGACAGAAUCGUGAGUGAGGGACAUCUCGAGAACGCCAAGUUUAGCACUAAUGAAAUGCUCGUCGAGACCCUCUGGCGUCCUAUCGAAGUCAUGAUCUUCGAACCCGUCGUGUUGCUCAUCAACAUCUACAUUGGUUUGAUUUACUCCGUCAUGUACUUAUGGUUCGAGGCCUUCCCCAUCGUGUUUGUGGAGGUGAAAGGCUUCACUCUUAUUGAAAUGGGAGUUGCCUAUUUGUGUAUUUUGGUUGGUAUCUUGGUCGCAGCUGCUAUCUACAUUCCUACCAUCUACUUCAGAGUAACCAAGAAGAUGCUCAAUAACGAGCAGGUUGCUCCUGAGGUGUUUAUUCCAGUCGCUAUUGUGGGAAGUGUGCUCAUGCCUAUUGGUAUUUUUAUUUUCGGCUGGACUGCCGCUGAGGACCUUCACUGGAUUGGUCCACUUAUUGGUGCUGCCCUUUUCGCUGCUGGCGCUUUUAUUUGUUUCCAGACCUUGUUCAACUAUCUCAGUAUGUCUUUCUGGAGAUUCUUGGCUUCCGUCUUUGCUGGUAACGCUUUGUUCAGAAGUAUGAUGGCUGGUGCUUUCCCAUUGUUCGGUAGAGCACUUUUCCUCAAUUUGGCUACCAACAGAUUCAAAGUUGGAUGGGGUUCCUCUGUCUUGGGUUUCAUUUGUGUGGGCAUGAUUGCUAUUCCCGUCUUGUUCUACCUCAACGGUCCUAAGUUGAGAGCCAGAUCCAAGUACGCUGGUGCUGGUUAA